CGGACUGCACCCCCACCCAACUGUGAGCUACUGCUGUCUGCCAAGGCAGCACUCCCCCUCCCUUCCAAUGGCUGACUUCCUGAAGAUUGCCAUCCUGGGCGCUCCUGGGGUGGGCAAGACGGCCAUCAUCCAGCGGUUUGUGUGGAACCAGUUUGCGGAGGGCGCCCGGGCCCCGCACAGCGGGGUGUACCACCCCUCUGUCGUCCUGAACGACCGCAUCUACCACUUGGUCAUCUUGGACAUCCCAGCGCUGACGUGUUUUCUCCCUCCCCCCCGACCCCAGGAGUGGAUCGAGAGGUGGACGGAGACGGGUGAUGAAGAUAUCCAACCUGCCCAUGCCUACAUCCUGGUGUAUGACAUCUGCUGCUUUGCCAGCUUCGAGUAUAUCAAGGCGGUACACCAGCUCAUCGUGGCGAAAAGGCCCCCCGGCUCGGGCAAGGUGCCCAUCCUGAUUGUGGGUAACAAGCGGGACCUGCAGCGGUGCAGGGUGGCGCCCCGGCACAACGUCGCCGCCCUGGUGAAGCGCUCCUGGAAGUGCGGCUACAUCGAGUGCUCGGCCAAGUACAACUGGCACAUCCUGCUGCUGUUCAAGGAGCUGCUGAAGACCACUGGCUGCCUGGCCUCCAGGGGCGCCCACGCCUCAGCCUGCCUGCAGGGGGGGCUACCAACCAACCGCUGCAUCAUCCUGUAA